AUGGCUUCUCUCCUUUCGGGUAAUCAAAACAGACGUCAGUUCAAUAAAAAACCAAAACCUCAACCAACUGCAAAGACUCAAAAACCUUCAUACCAAACAGAGGCAGAACAAUUUAUCUGCUCCUCUAAAGAAGGUGAAGAGUUUCGCAGAGAUCGAUUAUUCAUAUCAGACUUAAUGAAUAAGAUCGGGAUAAUCAUCCCAGACAGUCAACAAGGCUUGCAAGAAAAGCAGCUCAAGCCUAAAGUGAAGCAACACCAAGCUCCAUCCUCACUCCUCCUCUAAAAACGAAUAAAAUAUAAUAAAAUUCAAUUUCAAUAUCUUUUUUUUUCAAAUAAGUAAGUUUUCAUGAAUAUGCGUUUUUUGGUAUAGAAUUUAUAUUGCUUUAAUUUAUAUUUAAGACAAUUUUGAUUUUAAUUUAGAAUAAAUGGAAAAUUCAAAUUCUGCAAAAAAAAUAUUUUUGGCUGAGGGAGCCAGAAACUCCUGUGAAUCUGGUAGCCACUUUGCAAAACGUUCAGUCCUUUUUGAAUAAAAGAUCCCUCUAUCAGCGAUCAAAAGUCGCCGAGCUCCCUCGCCAAGAAUCAAAUGCAAACCAAGAAAAUCUGACGAUUUUCGCCCUCAGAAACAUCACUGCGCUCUUCAGCAAGGAAAACUCCAGCAUGCUCUUCGACUCAUGGCCAUUGAUUUUCCCAGGUGAAAACAUCCUCGGAAAUUGUCCAGAAAAAUUCAUCAGUCAGCCUCCAAUGACUUUUCUCCUCAUAAACGAUGCUUCCACUAGAAUCCGUAUGGAAGUCGCUUCAGCAAUGGCUUCAAUAAUAACAAACUCUCCAUUGCUAAAAUGGCAAGACAACAUCGAAAACUCAGGGGCGGCCCAUGCAUUAAAUUCGCUUUCCCAUUCUUUGGAAGGAAUAAUUUAUAACCUGCAUGAAGCUUUGGCUUACAUUUUGUCCAGAAAUGAGCCAAAAGAAAUCGUGCUCUCUGUAUUAAAAACCGCAGAAGCACUAAUCGGGAACACUUCUUAUGCCAAAUUUUCAGGAAUGUCACUGCCUCCUCUCAUUAGUGCUGUUAUAAGCAAAUUUGAUGAGAAUGAUGCUGACAUUACCAAAGCAGCCAUUUCUGUGCUUGUCUGUGCAUUUAAAGAAAAUGUUGAAGAAAUGGUUCAGUUCCUGACACCUCAGUUUAUGCACAUUUUCAUAGGAUCUAGCACUCUCUUGAAAGAAAAGCUUGAGCUUUUGGCAAAAAUUGCAAGAAAUUACUCAGUCCAUCUUGAUUUCUUGAUAGACUGGCUGAAGCAAAAAUUAGAUGACCUCUUGGUAUGUGACGAGCCUGACAUCCAAAGGGCAGCUUUUAAAGUUAUUGAAGAGUACAUAAGAGGGAAUCAGAACUGCCCAUUGAUUGGCUUGGCUAUUAACAAGAUGUUUUAUUUAAUUAAGAAAAAGAAACUCGAUGAGCUAAGCUACGCAUUUGAUGUCUUGACAGUUUUGCAAGACUUCAGCCACUUUUCAAGCGAUCAGUUUGACGAGUUUUUGAGGUUCCUUAAGCACUAUGAAAGAUCCCAGGCCCCUUAUUUCCUUAGAAGCAGCUUAUUAAAGCUGAUUGGGACCUUAUUUAAAACCAAAACUAUGCCAAAAUUUUUCUGCUCAACCGCUCUCAACAUCAUAGCAAACCACAAGGAAUCCAAAGACCUCAAAGUUGCUAUCAGUGGAGCCUCAGCAAUCUCAAGCUUCUGUACUAACCCACUUUGCUUGGACAGACUUGACUUAGUUUACAAGAUGAUCAACGAAAACAGCCAAAACAAGAAAGAAAAAAUAGUUUCAAACGCAAUUAUUUCAAUAGGAAAUUUGUUCAAAAAUUACUCACGGUCAGACCUCGGAGACUUAUUUAAAGAAUUUUUCGAAAUCUGCGUUCAAGGACUCUCCCAUAAAAACGCCAAAGUUGGCUGGGACUCAUGCAGAGCCCUUUUCGAGUUCUUUGGAAAUAAAAAUAUGCCACACAGUGAAGUGGCUGAUAUUUUAAUUCCUGUGCUUAUAGCUACAAUCAGAGACCAGAAAAACUAUAAAACAAAAUGGAAAGCAGCUCAGAUGCUGAGAAAAUUCACCACUGAGCUAUGUGACAGAUCGUUGGAAAUCUUACAAGUUUUGAUUGCUGGACUCGAAUCAACCAAGAGCUCUUUAGUUUUCGAUGCAAAAACUUUGAAAUAUGAGAGAGGGUUCAGACAAGAAGCAAUCAAUUGUAUAGUGUAUAUUAUGGAAAAUGUCCAAGAGUUGAGCCCAGAGCUUGUAAUAUAUUUGUCACAGCAUAGCUGGGAAAUCUACGAAUGGCUUGAAUGGAUGGUUUCUGAUGUGAUCAGAACAAGCUUCGACUCGAACCCUGCUGAGCAUCCAGCUAUUGAGUCAAUCAAGGAUUUUUCAGAAAAAAUUUUAGCCUGGGUAUCAAAAUGUGAAGGAAUUCAGAUCUCCUUUGGGUUGCUAGAAAAAUACAGAAAAUUAUCACUCUUCAGCGAAAGCAAAAUUUUCAAGUAUUCAGCACAACCAAAUAUCGAGAAAAAAUGUGACUUUCUUCCAAUAAGAAAUCCAUUUAGCAACCAAUUCAUAUAG